CACUGGUCAGCAGCUACAGCAGCAGUUGCUUCUACUUCAUCACCACCAUCAUCAUCAUAAUUACGACCAUGGCUUAGGUUAAAUACUGUAGACGCACGUCUUUUCACGUCAAGUAGUAGUCGAAUAAUCGCUGCAACCGAACGCUUUGAUCGCUUGAUGUCGUGACAUUUACCUUUAAAAUCAAAAUGGUUAUCAGGGUUUACAUCGCCUCAUCUACUCCAUCUGUCGCGGUAAAAAAACACCAGCAGGAUGUGGUGGGUUUCCUGGAGGCAAACCAAAUUAGCUUCCAGGAAGUUGACAUCACCAUGCUGGAGGAGCAGAGGCUCUGGAUGAACCAGAACAUUCCACAGGAGAGGAGACCAAAGAGGGGUAACCCUCUGCCUCCACAGAUCUUCAAUGAGAAUCACUACUGUGGGGCCUACGAAGACUUCUUUCAAGCAAAGGAGGACAACUCUGUUUUAGCAUUCCUGGGACUCGGCUCCCAGUCUUCAGGGAAAAGUGAGUGUCAAGAUACGUGGGUCAAGGAAACAGAGCUGAGUUCGCACCACACGGUCGAUCAACUUCUCCAAAACUAGCUGCAACAUAACUCCAGGAUGCUGAAUCAGCAGCACUGACCCAGGGACACAGAUCAAACUCCCUGAUGGUGAGUGACAUCCAGGCUAUGACAUCACAUGAGGACACAAACAACAUCACUUCCUGUGACAUCUGUUGUUUUCUUAUGACUGUUUGUGCCAAACCCUAACAUGACUAUAUACUGUGGACUGUAGCACAGAAACAUUAUUUCUCUCUAAAUAAACAUAUUGGUGUGAGUUGUUUCUUUUUUCCUGUGUAUUUUCAGUGACUAGCGUUCUGUUGUAGCCACACUGCAGCAGCAGCGCUCACUGGAAUACACUCCGACUUGUGUGUACACACACAGCCGGUUGUGUUUGUGUCAGCUUUCAUCAGCACCUGUUAAUAAGGCCUGAGCUCAGAGGCGGCACUUAAUGGGAUCUGAACAACCUGAGGUGGCGCUUUUAUUAUUGUACCUGUGCGUGUCUGUGCAUGAGUGUGUGUUCAUGAUGGCUUCAGGGAAAUACAGUGCUCUUCUAGAUUCAAUCACACUCACUCAGACUCACUUUGAAAGCUGGACCCGUUUAGUUUGAAACAAUAUACUCGCAGGAAUUAAAAAUAGGCACCUAUUAAAUCUGCUUAAUCUUAAAUCGGCUGCCACCUAGUGGGAGAAUGCUAUACCGUUUAAUUGUUGAAUGAAGACAGAUUAUUUGCAGUAAACAACAUUUUUUAGACUAAUAGACAAAUAGACACACAUUGUUAGAGGUCAUUUCGUGCCACUUGGAUACUGAUAUAUUCUUUUACUUCAUGUCUUUCCAAAUACCCCAGUAUUAAUGCAACCAACAUUCCUGUUUGUGUAUCAUUUACUGUCAGAUUUCUCUGUAACAAAGCAUUUGAAGUGAUCAUUGAUGCUGUCUGUGGGUGGAGGCUUUUUCACAACAAAGACAAUUAAAACACUACCUUUUCCUUGA